CAAGCCAGUAUCGCUCUAAGACUCUUCAGAUGCGCGCGCGUUCGAUAUUUAAACGCGGUUUUAAAUCAAAAGUACUUUUUUGUUUUAUGUUUUUAUUAGAGGUUUAACAUUUUUAUUUUCUCUUCGGCCAGUGUUGUGUUUUGUGAAACCUCUUUAAUUUUGAAGGUCCGUCAUUGAGGACCACGAUGCAGAGGGACGAAAACGAUUAAAAAACUACCCUUUUAUAAGGAGUGAAAAGGCUCAGUUUUAAUUAACAUAAAAUUAUAUAAGAUUCUCAUAAAGAAGUACAUCAUAACAUAAAAACUAAUUGGUAAAUGACCUUAGAUAUGUGAUAGCGAAAGUAGUGAUAGAGGUCAGGUUAUGUUGGGAUGUUUUGAGUGAUUUGUCAGUGGAUACGGUAUCAAUGAAGGUGGAACAAGUAGCGAUGUCGGUGAAUGAUCUGACGGACUCGGAUCCUUCUCCGAAGUUGCGGAUGAAGCCGGCUGUGAGGCGGAUAUUCUGCUGCAGUGUGACCGCCGCAUCAGGAUUCAUUGCUGCUUAUGCACUGGUCGCGUACGCCAUAGCCCUGAUAUAUGAGAUAGUAUGGGUGGUGGAAGCUCAGGCAGGCCUGCCAGUAGCAUCCGCGCUCCUCAUGAUAUGCUACUGUGUAGUCAUAGCCGCCACUGUCACUUUAGUACAUGGACUAAUAUCGAAGAACAACACGUUCCUUCUGGCGUGGUUGAUCUCAGUUAUUCUUGUUCUAAUACCAGAAUGUGCUCUAGUCUUCUACAUGUCUAUAAAUCAUUGGGGUCUCCAAGGUGUGUACGGAGGGGCUGAACUCGCGUGUUACGUGGCCCGACUGCCGGCUCUCGUGUGUGGAGUUGUACUCGUCCAGUCAGCUUACGCGCUCAGGGAGGCGAGGAAAUCCGAGUACGCGACCGGCGUUCCCGUCAGUGGCAGCGAGUUUGACGCGAGCCACUUUGUACCGGACUCCAACAUCGCGUUUACCAACGACGGUUUCUUACCUGACAAUGGCAAAUCAGGUUCAAUGCCAGAUCUUCGUCGUCAUUUAGCGUCACGUCAAUCUAUGAUGGGAUACCCCAUGAUGUUGCCACAGCCACCACCGGCGUACUGGCAACACCUCGCCGAUAGACAAUACGCAGCUUCGUUACGAGGAUAUCCCAAAUACGCUCCACAACACUUCGGAACAUGGGUCGGGCCCCGAACCGGCCCCGAAAAUCCAUACAAAAGACGGCAUUCCGUCGUAGGAGCGUUCAAUAUAGACGAAUAUCCCAAAGAAUAUUAUGAAGAUAGAAUGGAUUGUAAGAGCGAAAUGGCCUAUCCGUACAGACCUUACAUAUACGAUCCGAGGAUGUAUCCAACGGAUUACGAUCCGAGGUUCCCGAACGAUUACGGUCACUUACGGCACGACCCCUACCACUUUAGCGGAUCCAGGGAGAGGGUGUUCUACGGCAUAAGGAACAGUCACAACUCGGUCGGCAACGAAUCAGAUGAUUUGACGAAAUAUAAAGACGUCGCUUUGUGAACAUUAUGGAAGACCGAGUGGCCCGAACUAUUGAAUGCAGACUUAAGUUAGAGGAGUCCUGAAUGUUAUUUAUAAGGAACUAGCAGGAAGCAAUUUAUUUUUAAUUAUAUAGCGAGUAAUCAUAUCAGUCAAUUAUUUGGUGCAUAAUAUAGAUGUACAUUUAUAUAAGAUAUCUGUUAAACUGUUGAUUUGUUUAGUCUGUGCAAUAAAUCUUAAGUUAUGUUUUUUCAAAACAAAUAAUGAAUGAGGUUAUAACAAAAUAGAACAUAUAUUAAAAAUAAUAGUGCGAGGAGUCCCUCCGCGCGGGAGAAGGAAAACGUAAUGUGGAAAUGAAAGUAGGAAUUGGUAGAAAUCAAUUUUUAGUGAACUCAUAUUGUUUCUUUAAGACAAACUUUAUGAACAUUGCUUACAAUUCACUAUUCACCUUCCCUUACUCUCGCUCCGUCUCUUUCUAUCCCCCUCCCCAGGAGCGUUGAUCGUUUAACGCAACCUUCUAGAAGUCGUAUUAGAAGUUUCACUUCAAUAUAUUCCGUCAUUAUUUUUUAUAAGUUUACUUAUAUAUUUUUAAAUUUGUAUAUUUUUUUUGUAUAAAUAUUAUUUUGAACAAACAUUUUUAUAUAAAUAAACGAUUUAUAAGAUCCCAUUUUCCUGUUAAGUAUUAAUAAUUUUAGUGUGUUACCUAACAACCAAAGUAUUGUAAUUGCUCUUAUGAAAUGUGAAGCAAAAUUUUUCAGUCACUGUCGUGUGUACUUAAUAAAAAUAAAUGAUUUUUCAAGAAC